AUGAGUUCAGUCAAAGAUAUUAUUAUUCAUCACACAGCUGGUCGAGUAACAGGCGAAUACCCAUCUCUACGUAUAGUACAAGAUGGUUGUACGGGUCUGUCGGGUGCUAUUUCUCAACUCGGAUUAGGUCGCUCAGAAAAAUUGUAUGUUCUUGUAGCUGGUAAGGCUUAUCAUGCUGGUAGCAACAAAGACAACUCAAUAUUCGGAAAUCUAAGCGCAAUUGGUAUCGAAGUUGAAAGUAAAUGUACGUCAGCUGAUGACACUAGUCAUACACAUUGGCCAGAAGUGCAAUGGGAGAGCUAUGUACAAGGUGUUAAAGCUCUUCAAGCUACUUAUGGUAUACCAACUUCAUGUGUGAUAGGUCACAGAGAAGCAGCAAUACCUACGGGUCGCAAAAUCGAUUCUAACUUCUCGAUGACCGAGUUUCGUGCUGCAAUUAAUAAGUGA